UGGGAUGGGAUGGAAAUGGGAUGGGAUAAGGAUGGUUCUCAGCCCCAUGGCCUCAGCUCUGCUUUCUCUCUCCCCACAGCCAACGGUGCAACCCCGAGUGCCACCAAAGGGCUGGGACAUCCCCAACCCAACAGCUCCCUGCGGCCCUCAGAGCAAACUCAUGAGGAAGGUCUGAGCCGGACCCCCAACCUCCGCCACGUCCCCGGGGAUCACACGAUGGAUGCUGCAGCCGUGCGCAGCCAGGAUGCCCCGCUGACAGUCAAUGAGCAGGUCAUCGUCAUGUCCGGCCAUGAGACCAUCCGGGUGCUGGAGGUCGGUGUUGACUCCGCUCCGCCGCCCGAGGAGGAGCCCCGAGCCGCGGCGGUGGCUCCUGGGGGCGGCCCGCAGGGACCCCCGGCACAGAGCGGCGAUGGGGGCAGCGCGGACGGGCAGCCCGGCACCGAACCGCAACGAGGAGCAGAACCGGCAGCAGGCAAAGCCAAGCCUCCAACCGGAGCCCCCCCCGGCACAGCGGGCUCCCUGAGCCCCCCUGGCAGCCAGCAGCCGCAGCCCCUGACCCCGCUGACCGUGCAAGCAGCCCCGCAGCCGCAGAGCUCGUACCCCGCUCAGCCCCCCCCCAUCCUGCCGCAGCCCAACGCCGCCCCCGCAGCGAAACCGCUGGAGACGCAGCCCCAGAUCGCGGUGCAGCCCGCAGGAUUCGCCUUUAACCCGGGCAUAAUCGGAGCCGCUUCCCUGGGGGGGCAGACGCAGCUCCUGGGUUCUCUGGCGGCCGCCCCCGUGAUCGCCAACGCCAUCCCCAGCGUGCAGAGCAUCGCGGGGCAGAUCCUGACCAACGCGCAGGGACAGGUGAUCGGGACCCUCCCCUGGGUGGUGAACCCCCCCGGCAUCGCAGCUGCCAGCCCGGCGCCCGCCCCCAGCCUGCAAGUGCAGGCGGUGACCCCUCAGCUGCUGCUCAAUGCCCAGGGGCAAGUGAUCGCCACGUUGGCCAGCGGAACCAUCCAGGCGACCAGCAGCAAAAAGAGCGGCCCCCCCGAGACCCCCACCAAGAGCGAGGUGCAGCCCAUCCAACCAGCCCCCCCGCUGCCCCAGCCGGCCGUGGUCAUCGCCAGCCCAGCCCCAACAACCAAGGCGACCCCGGCCCCCGUCCCCAUCACCUGCUCGGAGACCCCCACCGUCAGCCAGCUGGUGUCCAAGCCUGCAGCCCCCAACAGCAGCGCCGAGGAGGAUGGAAUCAACCUGGAGGAGAUUCGGGAGUUCGCCAAGAACUUCAAGAUCCGGCGCCUGUCGCUGGGGCUGACCCAGACCCAAGUGGGGCAGGCGCUGACGGCCACCGAGGGACCCGCGUACAGCCAGUCUGCCAUCUGCCGGUUCGAGAAGCUGGACAUCACCCCUAAGAGCGCCCAGAAGCUGAAGCCGGUGCUGGAGAAGUGGCUGAGCGAGGCCGAGCUGCGCAACCAGGAGGGGCAGCAGAACCUGAUGGAGUUCGUUGGGGGGGAGCCGUCCAAGAAGCGGAAGCGCCGCACGUCGUUCACCCCUCAGGCCAUCGAGGCGCUCAACUCGUACUUCGAGAAGAACGCGCUGCCCACGGGGCAGGAGAUCACCGAGAUCGCCAAGGAGCUCAACUACGACCGCGAGGUGGUUCGCGUCUGGUUCUGCAACCGCCGCCAGACGCUGAAGAACACCAGCAAACUCAACGUCUUUCAGAUCCCAUGAGGACGGGGGUCCCUCGUCCCCCCCCCACCCGCAGCCUCUGCCAUUGAUCAGCACUUUGUGACCCCCCCCCCCAUCUUUACCCCCCGUGUCACACUUGUGCCUCGUCGCCCCGUUCUGUGCGUGGUGCCGACCCCCCCCUCGCCCCCCGUGUCCCCCUGGGGAGGGUCCCCAUUCUGUGUCUGUUCUCCCCCCCGGAGCGAUGUUCAUUACUUGGUUUUUUUGGGCCCUUUUCUCCUUUUUCUGUGACUUUUCCGUGUUUCCGGAUCGCGUUGAGGCCCCGGUUGGGUUUCACCCCUUUAUUUACCCCCCCCUAAAGGUGCUCAGCCCUCUGAAGGACCCCACAGCCCCACAAUGAAGGUGUCACACAUUGAGGUCUGGGGGUGCCCCCACCCAGCGCUCUGCCCCCUCCCCCCCCCGGUCCCACAUGGACGCUGCACUAAGGGGGGACGGGCAGGGCUGAGAGUGAGGGGGGGGGUUGGGGAGCAGGACCAGCCCCCCCAAACCUGGUAGUGAUGGGGAUGGACGGACAGGGACGGACAGACGGAGUGCGGUGAUGGAGACACGAUGCACUUGAUGUAGUGGUGUGAAAUAAACAGUAUUUUUCUUUUUUC